CUCGACCUCUUCAGACCCGCUAUUAUUAUCGAAGCCAUAACGUGCCUAUUACCCGUUAUCAGUCGCGCUCUGCAUUCCCUUAAGUGGGAGCUCUGCAACUUGUAAUUGCCCCAUUGGAAUGCCUACUUGAUUUUCUCGGAGCCCAUAGUUCACCGGCAACAUGCCGUCGCGUCUUUUGCCCUGGCGGAGGGGUUCGGAUUCGUCCCAACAGCAGCUUCCCUUCACCAACGACUACGUGAGCGACGCCGAACUCGCAGCCGAUGACCAGACGAGCCACCAUGGCUCGCAUACCAUCCCUCGCUCACGUCCCAUGGGCGCUCCUUCCAAUCCGCAGAACGUGUUGUCCAGCUCGUACAGCUCGUUCAAUCAGCGCAACAACCCGAUUCGCUCGUUCGCCCACCAAACGUCGCAUUCGAUAUCGGACCACCCCCAAUACUCGUCGCAAGGCGUUCGCGAACGGACACAGGAACUAGCCUCCUAUGCGCUCGACUCUGCGGCCUAUUCGCAGCCACGGAGGAGGGCAAGCAGUGCGGCUACUGAAUCAAUUGCUAGCAGACCAGCCUUCCCAAUAGACAUUGAAGGGAGACCAUCAUUGGACUCCACGGGCUCUGAUGUCAUAGCGGAGGAGAGGGAGAGCGGCCCCGCGUCGCCCGAAACUGUGAUUGCGCGCUUCCCGAGCGACCGCAUCAGCUCACCAGGCCUCUAUGCCCGCAAGGAUACAGACGCACGCGAGAGACGGUCCAGCGCCGCAGUGCCGGACGUCGUCGUACAGGAUACCGAGGAAACCCCGCUACUGCCCAAGACCAGGCUCUCGCGGGUCGACUCGCAACCGCAGAGGAAAGGAUCUACCUCCGUCUCCAGAGACACUGGCUUGGGUGGUCUCAAGAGACGCGUCACAAGCUCGCUCGGUACUGGACGGGAACACUUGACUCAGGUUGGACGUUCUGUUACGAACCCCAAAAACUACACCAAAGAUGCAAUAUACGCGGGAGUUACUGCCAGUUUGCAGAUGAGCUCAGCAGUGUUCCUCGGUCUCCUUCUUAACAUUCUGGACGCUCUGUCAUACGGCUAUAUCCUGUUUCCAUUGGGGAGUCCUAUCUUCAGUCAGACUGGGCCUGACGGCAUUUCCAUCUUCUUUGUUAGUUGCAUAGUCUCGCAGCUCUGUUAUUCUCUCGGCCUGUCCAUCUUCCGUGGCGGUGUUGGUUCAGAGAUGAUUGAGGUGGUGCCCUUCUUCCACCGAAUGGCUUAUUCCAUCAUGGAGAGGAUGGAGGGUGAGAGUCCUGACGCAGUUAUAGCCACCACAAUCACAGCCUACUGCCUUAGCUCCAUCAUCACCGGCAUGAUCUUUCUCGCACUCGGGACGUUCAAGCUUGGUAAUCUUGUAAGCUUCUUUCCGCAGCACAUCCUUAUCGGGUGCAUCGGAGGAGUCGGCUUCUUCCUGGUGAUGACUGGCAUUGAGGUGUCAGCCAGACUUGAGGGGAACUUGAAUUAUGAUUUGCACACUCUGCAUAAGCUCUUUUCGAGCGACACAAUAUACCUUUGGGUUUUGCCGCUUGCUCUUUCGCUCAUCAUCAUGGGAUUGGAACGGAGGUUUAAAAGCCCGUUCCUCCUUCCCGGAUUCUUUAUACUGGUUUUCGCCAUUUUCUACAUCAUUGCUAAAGCUAUACUUCGAAUUGAUCUCGAAGUUCUCAGGAACGCAGGCUGGAUCUUUGAAGCACCAGAGGCGGGUGUGCCAUUUUAUCGGUUUUACUCAUACUUCAAGUUCAGCCAGAUCGACGGAGCAGCUCUCGCAAGUACGAUCCCGACCAUGUUUGCGCUAUCUUUCUUCGGCAUCAUCCACGUCCCGAUCAAUGUUCCAGCCUUGGGCGCUGCCGUCAAAGAAGAUGCUAUUGAUGUCAAUCGCGAACUAAUUGCCCAUGGCAUCUCGAACACGAUUUCCGGAUGCGUUGGCAGCAUUCAGAAUUACCUGGUCUAUGCUAACAGCAUCAUGUUCAUGAACAAUGGAGGUGACAGUCGAGCAGCUGGCGUACUUCUAGCGGCUGCGACCACUGCGGUGUGGAUGGCAGGGCCAGCCAUGAUAGGGUUCAUUCCUGUGUGCCUUGUUGGCGCCUUGAUCUUCCUCCUCGGCAUUCAGCUUAUGAAAGAAGCCGUCUGGGACACGCUGGGCCGAUUGCAGCGGCUGGAGUACUUCACGGUACUGGCAAUUGUGCUCAUCAUGGGCGUCUACGACUUCGUUAUUGGCAUCUUCACUGGUAUCGUCUUAGCUUGCCUAAGCUACGUUGUCCUUUCCUCGCGUGUCCCAGCGAUCCGAGCAACCUACUCCGGAGAAGUUGCAGCUUCCACUGUUCGCCGUCCUCGAAGCGAUGUGCGGUAUCUCAGUCAAGUUCGUGGGCAGAUUCGCGUAAUCAAGCUUACGGGCUUCCUAUUCUUUGGAACCAUCGUCUCUGUAGAGGAGUAUAUGCGAUCACUGAUUGAGGACAAGAGCUUCGAACAGCAACCAUUGAGCUUCAUCGUGGUGGACUUCUCUCACGUCAACGACGUCGACUUCUCCAGUUCCGAGGGUUUCCAGAGACUCAACCGCAUCCUGAACGGGAGGGGAGUCAAGAUGAUCAUCUCAGGCGUAUCUUUUGCUAGCAGAGUCGGGCAGGCCUUGCAGAACGUCGGGUUGCUGGACACAGAAACAGCCAACGACGAAUGUCCCCCGCCGCAGGUCUUCGAAGAUCUCAACACCGCAUUGGAGAGCUGUGAGAAUGAACUUCUCGAAAUUUUCUACCAGCACUGCAACUCGCCUCAGCCCACACGCCAAAUGACUCCUCCGAAGUCGAUCGACGGCUCUACUGACAGUAGUGAUGCUGUGGAUGCAUCGUCUUCGCCAUCUUUCGGUGCGAGCCCUCUUCUUCCUGAAUUCUCAUCUCCUCGUCGUGGCGCGCAGUAUCUCGCAGCGACGACCACCUUCCGUGAACAAGGUAGACCUGCGGCAUCUUCCGGCGAACAGGAGGGUGCUUUAAGCAUACCAUCCAAGUGGAAAAACUUCUCGCAACCUACCAAAAUUAUCCUACAGACCUUCGAAGAUGUGUCUUCCAAGAAUGAGGACUUCUGGCACGUUCUUGCACCCUACUUCGAACGACGAGAAUAUGCACGAGGGACCGUGCUAUACUCGCGCGGUGAUGAUCCCGAUGGGUUCUACGUCGUCGAAAAGGGCCGCCUUCGCGCCGACUACGAGUUCGAGCAGGGCAAUUUUAGUGAGAACAUUAUGCCGGGUACCACGUGUGGAGAGCUGCCAUUCUUCUCAGAGACGGACAGGACUGGGACUGUCGCAGCCGAAGAGGAUUCCGUGGCUUGGCUCUUGACACGAGAGCGGUACAAGGAGCUCGAGCGGAAGAACCGCGAUGUCGCUUCAGAGCUUCUGAAAGUGGGACUGAAGCUGACAAAGGAAAGGAUGGACGCUAUCACUUCAUAUGUACUUGUUACUGCAUCAUGAGCACUGGUGUUUGGAUAACUGCCUACGAGCAUUGUAAGCGUAUCUGCGUAUCUUGUAUACGGUCUUUGCAAAUCAUACAUGCCCUGUAAUUGUGGCGCUUCUUUAUGCCAAAUGUCUAAUUCUUCGUACUGGGUUGACUGGUUCGCUUUCCACUCUUUCCUUCUUGGUCACCUUCCUCUCGCACCUACCCUCCUAUCUCACC